CAUAAACACUUGGAGUGCAUUCCUUCAUCUCAGGUUGCUGACCCACUACAACAAUGUUGGAACACUUUCCUCAAAUGCCAGCAAAGAUGGCGUAGGCAAGAUUGAACUCUGGAGGCAUGGCAGCAGUUCAAAGCGCUGCCUUUGAGGACCCAAAUCUGGGGUCAGGCCUGGACGAGGAUGAAAUCUCAUUGUUGGAUGAAGAGUCUGACUCUGGAAGCUUGCUGUCUGAUGAUUCUGUUCUCCCGGAUUAUGAACAAGAGGAAAGGAAAAAAGGAACUGCCAACACACUAUAUGAGGCUUGCGUCCAAAAUGACCCAGAGGCACUGAAGAGAGUGUUGGAACGAGGUGUGACCUAUGAUGAGGUCAUGGAAGUUGACAUUAAUGGCAGGAAUGGACUGAUGGUGGCUGCAUAUAAAGGCUUUCUUCCAAUUGUUUAUGAGUUGCACAGCUGUCCACAUCUGGAUAUUAACCACCAAGACAAUGACGGCAACACUGCUUUAAUGAUCGCAGCUCAAGCUGGUCAUGUCUCCAUAUGUAACUACAUCAUGAAUUACUUCCCUGGAGCAGAGACAGAGAUCAGAGACAACAGAGGAUUCACUGCCCUCAUUAAAGCUGCCAUACAGGGCAGGAAUGAUGUGGUGGCAGCUCUUAUAAUGCACGGUGCUGAUGUAAAUGCUGUAGACUCCAACCGUGGUAAAUGUGCACGUGACUGGGCACUGAAAACAGGUCGCUUUGACACGCUGAAUCGUCUGCGCCACCUUGCGCUUCAUCCCACAGCUGAACAGUUCUGUGACACCUACGACCCAGAGUGGCCCAACCUUAAGGUGCUGGUCAGCAAAGCAACAGCCAAUAAGAGUGCCAGCCAGAAGCUGACUCAUCAUCUCAAGAGUACUUUUGGUUUCAGUUUCCCACGUGAUCCGCAGGACAAUGGUGUCAUGGAUCACAUGGUGCGAAUGACCACCAGCCUACGCAGCCCGUUCAUAGCCACGGCCACACGGCCGCUGUGCCCAAGCAGCCCUCCACAGAUGGGUAAACGUCGGCUUGCUGUGGCUGAGCUGAUGCAGAAGCACUCACAGAAGCAGCUGGAGGAGAGUUCACUGUGCCAUCGUAACAGCUCCAUCUCCUCCAUUUCUCCUUCUGUCCGCUCGGCUGAGUCCGUCUCUUUGUCCUGCUGUGCCAAUACAGAGAGACGAGGCAGUGUGCUGUCCAUUGCUCAGUCUGGAAUGCGCACAUUCAUUCCUCGUAGUGUGGCGUCAAGGCGCAAUAGCGUCUUCCCCUCUGGCUGUAUCCCACAGAUUAAAGUGACUAAAGAGUCCACCCCAAAAAAGAGGAAGAAGAAUAAAAAGCAGAAAGGUUACCUGGAGCCUCCAAAGUGGAAAUAUAAGGAGGCCAAGGAUGAGAAGAAGAAAGAGAAGAAAGUGUUGAAGGAAAAGGAAGAGAAGGAAAAGGAGAAGAAAAGCAUAGACAAGGAUAAAGGAAAAAGGAAAAAUCGUGAUGACUAAGAUGGGCUUUCUGAACCCUCAAUAAGUUUGUAGAUGCCUUCAGUGUAAUUGUGUGUGGGGAAAUGUUUGAUGACAGAAUCGGUGAAGCAAUGCAGUGAAGAACGCAUGGGCCCUGAAAAGAGGAAGCGCAUUUUGAAACCUCAGUGGUGCAUUCCUUUCUCAUGAAAAUCACUUCCAACUUCCUAUCGGGGCAAUUUAUCUAUGACCAUUUCAGUCAGUCUUAUAGGCUUUAAGGUCUCUGAUUGGAUGUCUUACAUGUAGAAUAAUUCCUGAAUGAAUGCUGCAUGUAAAUAAUCACAGGCAUCAUCAGAACUUAAUUGUGCUUAACCAAAAUUAUUACAGUUCAUAUUUAACUAAUUGAUUACUUAUAGUCACUGAAAAAAGCACAAGUUUAUUUGCAAAACUAUUACAUUAACCACAGUUUACUUGCAAAACAAAACUACUGUAUCCCACAGCAAUUAGGGUUAUGUGCAACAAACUUCUGUAUUCUGUAAAACAGGUUGCAUCAUUUCCAGGUCAGAUUUUUUGUAUGUGCUUCAUUAAAUAUGGAGCUUUUUUUUACUCAAGGUGCCUUCAAAGCAGACACCAACCAUAACCAAUAUCAAUCACAAACGCAGAUUGCUAUCUAAAAAAUUAUAUUUUUCUUCUUCUCACUAACAUUUGGAUAUUAAAACUGAAUAAAUUCCAGCAAUAAAAACAAAUAGCUUGGCUACCUUAAAAGUCCAUAGAUAUCACUAUCCGUUCAUACUGCUAUUAAUACUUUCUUGACAAGCGGAUGCGAUGAGACCUGUUUUGCGGUUUGGUCAGGUGACAACAUAUACCCUGUUCACCUGCUAAAAAACAUUUUUUGCAGCAACUGUACUCUCAGAAAAAGUACAAUGCUUUCACUGGGGUAAGUACAAAAGCUAUAAGGUACAUUCUUGUAGAGGCAGUGGUUCUCAACUCUGUUCCUGAGGAGAUCAUUUGUAUGUCUCUCUUGUCUAACACACUCAGUUCAGUUGAUGGAUUCUCUCCUAAUGAGCUGAUCUAUCUGAAUCAGGUGUGUUAAAGAAGGAAGACAUACAAAUAAUAAUGACAAUGUAUUAUGUUUGUAAAUAUGUAUGAUCCAUUGUAACAUACUGUACAUAUGAUUUAAUAAACUAU